AUGGAACUCGAGAGAUAUAAUCAACAUCAUCAUCUGAUUGUGGAGAUAAUCAACAAUAAGUCACCACCACCUCCAUCUCCAUCCCCACCUCCUCCUUACGCUCUUCCAUAUGUUUACCAAUCCCCACCACCACCAUCUCUGUCACCACCUCCUCCUUAUGUUUAUCAAGCUCCACCUCCACCAUCCCCAUCCCCACCUCCGUCCUAUGUUUACCAAUCUCCACCUCCACCAUCUCCAUCACCUCCUCCUCCAUAUGUUCACCAAUCUCCACUACCACCAUCUCCAUCGCCACCUCUUCCUUAUGUUUACCAAUCUCCACCACCACCACCACCACCACCACCACCAUAUGUCUACAAGUCUCCUCCACAACCUUCUUCAUCUCCACCACCUCCUCCCUAUGUUCACCAAUCCUCACCUCCACCAUCACCAUUGCCACCUCCACCUUAUGUUUACCAAUCUCCUCCUCCACCAACUCCAUCACCACCUUCUCCAUCACCUUCUCUCCCUCCUUAUAUUUAUAAGUCACCUCCUCUACCAUCACCACCACCUCCUUACAAUUAUCAAUCCUCAGCUCCUCCUCCAUAUAUCUACAAGUCCCCACCUCCUCCAUCUCCGUUGCCUCCUCCACCAUAUGUUUACAAGUCACCACCACCUCCUUACGUCUAUAACUCCCCACCUCCACCAUCCCCCUCGCCUCCUCCUCCAUAUGUCUAUAAAUCACCACCACCAUCCCCCUCAUCUCCGUCACCCCCACCACCAUAUUACUACAACUCUCCUCCACCACCAUCCCCAUCGCCCCCACCUCCAUACUACUAUAAAUCAUCACCACCACCUUCACCAUCUCUUCCACCUUACUACUACAAGUCUCCUCCACCACCAACUAUGGCCAAGUUUUGGCCUCUUAUGAUAUAUGCUUGGGCAGUAUGCUUCAUGGCAACCAAUGUAGCUGCUACUUCCAAACCUUAUAUUUAUGCAUCUCCACCUCCUCCACCUUAUGUUUACAAGUCUCCUCCACCACCAUCUCCGCAUCGACUUCCUCCUUACAUCUACAAGUCUCCGCCUCCUCCUUCACCUUCCCCUCCACCUCCACCUAAGCAUUACUAUAAGUCUCCUCCUCCACCUCCUAAGUACCACUACAAAUCACCACCUCCUCCAUCACCAUCACCUCCCCCACCUUAUAUUUACAAGUCCCCACCACCACCAUCUCCAUCCCCACCUCCUCCAUACAUUUACAAAUCUCCUCCCCCAUCUCCAUCACCUCCCCCUCCAUAUGUCUAUAAGUCACCACCUCCACCAUCCCCAUCACCGCCACCCCCUUACGUCUAUAGGUCCCCACCGCCACCAUCACCUUCACCACCACCUCCAUACGUCUACAAGUCUCCACCACCACCAUCACCAUCCCCGCCACCUCCUUAUGUGUAUAAGUCACCACCUCCACCAUCACCAUCACCACCCCCUCCUUACAUCUACAAAUCCCCCCCACCUCCUUCUCCUUCACCCCCACCUCCCUAUGUCUACAAGUCUCCACCACCCCCAUCCCCAUCACCACCCCCUCCCUAUGUCUACAAAUCACCUCCACCUCCAUCCCCAUCACCGCCACCUCCUUAUGUAUACAAGUCCCCACCACCACCAUCUCCAUCCCCACCACCUCCAUACGUCUACAAAUCCCCACCUCCACCAUCUCCUUCACCACCACCUCCAUAUGUCUACAUAUCCCCACCUCCUCCAUCUCCCUCACCACCUCCUCCAUAUGUUUACAAGUCCCCACCUCCACCAUCCCCAUCCCCACCACCUCCUUAUAUGUACAAGUCUCCACCGCCCCCAUCUCCAUCACCACCACCUCCCUACGUCUACAAGUCUCCGCCUCCACCAUCCCCAUCGCCUCCUCCUCCAUACCUUUACAAAUCACCACCUCCACCUCCCCUUGUAUACUAAAUUAAUUAGUCAACAAUUUCUGCUUUAUUUAUGUUUCUGGUUGUUUGUAAUGAAUAAUCGCAGGUGCAAGAAGAAUCCUGCAUUUCUUUCUUGUCAAAUGAUUUAUAAUAUUCGUUGAUUAUUAGUUAUGUCGCGAAGAAUAAGGGAAUUGGGACGUAAAGGGGCAUGAAGCUGGGCUUGAGCGGCUUUAAUUUCCUGUCUAGUUUGUUCAGUGUGAUUAAUUUCUAUACUUUUGUACUCUCAUGUGUUCAAAUUUAAUUGAUUUGUACUAUCCAUAAGAUUUAUAUGUCAGUUUAUUAAUUAAUUAAAAGAAAAAAAGAUUUGUUUCUAUGUAUAAUUUAUUUAAUUUUGCGGGAA